AUGACUGGUAAUCACUCCAGUCUUCAGACGACACCUGGACCCACUGGGACAAUCGCACAACCCCAACUACCAGCAAUCUCACAUGGAACUGGGACGGCCAUGGGGUUAAGGAAUGUUCUUAAAGAGCCCUCAAGACAUCCUGCCGAGGAUUCAAUGCCCCUCUCCAGUGGCCAGUCGGAUACUUUUCUACGAGGAAUUGACCUCACAGAGGAGGACCGCGACAUUCUAAUUUCCGAGGACUAUGUACACGUCACUAAACCAUCCAACGAAAUCUAUGAAAGCAUGCGUGUUCUGUAUGCUGAUGUGAGUCGGUCUUCCCCUGAAGCAUGUCUGCCAAGCCUCCCCUCGCUGGACAUUAUCCACGCAUGCACGCAGCUGUAUUUUGAACAUUUUCACCCGUGUUUUCCAAUCCUUCACCAAGGUACCUUUGAGGCUCGAAGCUCGUCAUGGUUGCUGUACCUUGUCAUAGCCGCUGUGGGUAGUCAGUACUCACGACUUUCAAUCCGGGCAAAAUUAUUCGCUGAUCUAGUCAAGAUCGUUCGAGUAGCCUUGCUUCAAAAGCUCAACUACGCGUUGACGAUGCAAAACAAUCUUGAACUAGCCCAAACAACCCUCUUAUUCAACAUUGCCCUCCUCUUCGGCGGCUCACGCGAAGGCAUGAUGCAUCUGCAAUACCAACGAAAUGUGCUGGUAACGAUGUGUCGGCCUCUUCUUGUUCCCGGAAUCCUGUUCGCAAAGAGCUGGAUAUUAUCGAACACAAGCGUACCGAACGUAGAUUGGAGUCGAUGGGUUGCGACCGAGGCUUGGAAGAGGGUUAUUUACUUCACAUGGUAUCCCCAGGAAUGUCCCGGCGUUCUUUCCUUACUCAAGAUGGAUGUUAUUGACCAUGAGCGCAUCGACCAACUAAGCGAUCCUGCGCUUUUGAUAUCGACCGUUUCGGUGUACGUUGCCGAUAGGCAAGCUUCUCAGCAGCAAUCAUUGCAAUUAUUAUCCGGCACACACACUAUACCGAACCACCAGAAUGUGGAUUUUACAGAAUCAGUCCACGCUGCCAGGCUUGAAGACACCGUCGAUACCAUUCUUGGUAGCUUGCAAUAUUCUGCUACCGAAUGCCACCACAACUCAGCUAUUUGUCCCAUUGUCGCAAAAUUGUCUCUCAUCCUUAGGAUGCUCCGCUUCAUCAAAUACCGCCCAUUAUAUCUCUCUUCGGGGUGGAUGGCCCAAGCCGAGGAGGUUCGUGCCGCCAGGCAACAUAUCGACGAGCUAUUGCAUGCAGAACCUAGCAAAGCUCGUCAGGGCCUGUUACAUGCUGCCCAGCUGUUCCGCAUAAUUCGUUCCCAGCGUCAAUACGACCCCUUCGACUCUUUUAUUCUACUUAUGGUUGUUCUAUACAUAUGGAAUUACGACAAAUACGUGGUUUCACAUUCCCCUUGGAACGGAGACAACGAGGAAACUCUCCGAAUCGAUCAAAAUAUCGACGGAGAUUUACAAGAGGAAUGGAUUGCGGGUACAAAGCGCAAGCAACUUCAUAUCAGUGGAAUAGGGGUCCUCAACGGCCAGGAUAGCAUGUCCCGCAUCAUCAAAGAAGCAAUGAGGAUCUUGAAUCACGACAAAGCUUGGUCGCGCCAGGCAGAGGCUAUCAAACACUCAUUGCAUCAAAUAUUGAAAGGUGGUGCCCCGUCAUUUGCCGACGUGGAGGCUGCGACGAAUGAGACCGUUACUUAA